AUGUUUCAUUUGACAAAACUCACAUUGGCACUUGUUGUUUUCAAUCGACGAUCAUUUGUCGAUGGAAAGAAAUUAAUAAAUGAUAUACCUAAACAAAUGCUACAUUUAAAUAGGUUUAUCUUCAAUAUCAUUACUGAAGGUGUCACAUUAUUUGAAGAAUUUAUUCCUUCAUCUGAAGUUCUCUGUCGUGCUCUUGUUGAAAGAGGAUACGAUUUCGACUGUUAUACCGAUUACAAUCCAUUGAGCAGAGGUCUAUGUCAUAUUUAUUCAUUGCCAUUUACUGUGGAUUGUAUGCAUAUACAUUCACAUCGAUUUCCUGGUGGUUUGUUUCGUACUGUUCGUUAUUUAAAUGUGCAAGACUUUGUUUAUCCAUUUGAACACGAGUUUUUUCUGUGA